AAGUGGCUCUGGAAGUGGCUCUGUUCGGCCGUCACUUCCUGCUGCACGCCGGAAACAAGGCUCCCAGUUCACGCGAUAAUAAUUAGGAGAGCGCGAUGCUCCCUGGGAGUUGUAGUCUUUUUUAUUGCCGCUCGCUUUGAGAUUUUCCUUCCAGUCUGAGGCGCGUACCUAUUCCUGACUGGUCUUUGGGGGUUUGGGGUGCGUGGCGGGGUAGGCGGGCCUGUAUUUAAUCCUGGCCUCAAGAGAGUUUCAUAAUAAAGGGGGGAUAGGAGGGCACACCUCGUCUAGUUGCUCGGUGACCCGCAGCUAAAGAGACGCUGUAGUCCCACUCCCUUUCCGGAGCCGGGGAGAGGGCGGGUUGCGUCCGCCAUGUUGGUGAAGGCAAACGAGGGCGACUGGAGCUCCAGGCCCGUCGGCUUUGCUGGCUCAAGUCCGCCAUAUUAAUAAAGAGAAAGGGCAGGUUGACCCCUCCUGCCCCCCACCCGCCACACACACACACACAUACGCACACACACACAUACACCCCUUCUUCCCAGCCAUCUCUGGCAACUCAGCUCAGUGGGCCCCUCCCCAGCCUCUUUUGCCUAGGGUCCACCCGAAGGAAGCGUAGCAUCCUGCGCCUCAAAUCAGGCUUAACACAGCGCCGAAUGAGGUGGAAAGGGAAAUGCCGACCAAUUGCGCCGCGGCGGGCUGUGCUACUACCUACAACAAGCACAUUAACAUCAGCUUCCACAGGUUUCCUUUGGAUCCUAAAAGAAGAAAAGAAUGGGUUCGCCUGGUUAGGCGCAAAAAUUUUGUGCCAGGAAAACAUACUUUUCUUUGUUCAAAGCACUUUGAAGCUUCCUGUUUUGACCUAACAGGACAAACUAGACGACUUAAAAUGGAUGCUGUUCCAACCAUUUUUGAUUUUUGUACCCAAAUAAAGUCCAUGAAACUCAAGUCAAGGAAUCUUUUGAAGAAAAACAACAGUUGUACACCAACCGGACCAUCUAAUUUAAAAUCAAGCAUUAGUAGUCAGCAAGUACUACUUGAACACAGUUAUGCCUUCAGGAAUCCUAUGGAAGCAAAAAAGAGGAUAAUUAAACUGGAAAAGGAGAUAGCAAGCUUAAGAAGGAAAAUGAAAACUUGCCUACAGAAAGAACGCAGAGCAACUCGAAGAUGGAUUAAAGCCGCGCGCUUGGUGAAGAGUCUGGAAACAAGUAACGUGUUACCUAAGGGCACAUCAGAACACAUUUUACCAGCAGCCUUAAACAGUCUUCCUUUGGAAGAUUUCAAGAUUCUUGAACAAGAUCAACAGGGUAAAACAUUAUCAGUUCUCUAAAUCUGAAACAAACCAAGAGUACAUUCAUUUAGGAUUUGUUACUCAAACUUCAUUCUAUUCACAGGUAAAGGUAUUUAAAGAAAUUAUUCCAAAAUUGAGUAGUUAAUAGAGUUUUACUUGAAGUAACAACAUUACUGUGUAAUUUAUGAAGACUUGAUUACAAGAAAAUGGAGAACUUUCUAUGAAACAUUUAAAUGAGAAUAGAAGUGCCUUAUUGUGAGAAUUAUGUACUUAAAAUUUUUGCUAGAAAAUUGAAUAUUUGUAGACUGUUUUGUGUUUUUGUUUUUUUAACCUCUUUAAAGAACAGCCUGUUACAAGUAAUGCUUUUAAUUUAUAUUAUAAAAAAUUUUUUUCCAGUACCAAAGUUGGGAUAUUACAUUCUAAGUAAUUUGCCUAGUAGGGAUUAACUGACAUAUAACUGUAAAACUGCUCAGUUUUUAUUAAUUAAAUUAUUGGCAGUGUAAUUGGGAAAAAUUAUAGGGAAAAGCCCCCUGAAAUACAGGGCAAAUUAUUUUAUUUAAACUUUCUAUAUCUUUUUAUCAGUAAAAUAAGCUAAUCAUGGCCUCCAUCAUAACAAAAUUAGCUUUUGCAAUAGCUUGUAAAAUACUUUGAAAAUAGUAUUUUCAAACGUGAAGUACCUUUGGGUUAUCCAAGGAUCUCAGACUACUAAAAACUGGUAACUGGUUAUAUUCACCUUCUGAGAAAAUAUGCUAUGAAAUAACACAGAGAUUGAGAUCUAGCUUUUACUUUAAUUGAACACAAAGAUAAAUGUAUACCACAUUUUUCUCAUAAUAAAAAUACUACAUUUUCAAUUUCAAAGCUGAUGCAUUAAUAGGCAAACAUACUACAAAGUUUCAUGUUAGAAAUACUCCCUCUGUCUCCACGUGUAUUGAUACCAAAAUUCUUAAGCUUUCUUUUUUUUCCAUAAACCCAUAAUAGAAUUGAACUACGGAAAAGUACUUACCAGAUUGUAUCUCCACAGCUUAUAACAUAAAAUAGAAUCAAUUUAUCUUACAUAUCAGUUUGCUUUUUAUCUCUUUUAGUAAGAGUAAUGUAGAGUAACCAUACUGCAUAAAGGAGAUGAAGUGUAGAUCUCUAUAAAAAUACAUGUGUCUGUGAUAAAGCUAUACAGGUGCUAAUUAUUUUACAACAGAGAAUAUCAGAACUCUUCUUAUAGUUUCCGCUUGAACAAUUAAAGGGUUUGCCUUAUUUUGCCAGAUAAAUGUUUAGUAAGAACACUUCAAACAGAUUUGGUCAAAUCAUAUAAAAAUUUAUUAAUGUACAGUCAGGUUAACCAGGCCUAACUUGAGUUUCUGACACCACCAUAUGAAAGUGCCAUAUAUAUAAUCACAUAUUACUGUAAAUCUUUCCCAUAAGGUAAUGGCUCCUUGAUGAUAAAAAAGUUUUUAUAACAUUUGCUUAAAUCCUGGCAACAGUCUUUUUACAUUAUUUGCACCGUUUCUUUUAAUAAGGAGUGUCUCUCAAGCAACUCGAGUUACAAUAGCAGUGGUAGGAAAGAUCUCUCUUAGUUUUCAUCAGGCGCUUAAAGUAAAUAUUUAAGAAACUCCUUUUGUGUAUAGUGUAAACCUUAUUAGUCAUGUUAUCUUUAAUACUGGGUGUCACUUAUUGGAAUUGUUUCAUGUUUUCAACUGUCUUUAUGUGGUUUCAAACAUAAUCAUCAACACUUAUUGACCAUUUCCAUACUUCAAAAUAAGUUGGGCAGAUAAUCAUUUAAACAUAAACUGUGUUUUCCAAAUAUAAACUCUCAUGUGGUUCACCACCCCUCCCAAUACAAAGCAAAACACCGAUGCAGGCUGAUUCCCAUGCACAGCAGUACCUUGAUAUCUUAAUAUAACACUUUUUAAAUCACAAAAAUAAACCAUUAUAAAAUACAACAAACUUUUGGCAAAUUAACUUGACUUCAUUAUUAUUUGAGAGCCCUGAAUCAACUACCACUCAGUAAAUUUUUUGCUUUUUUUUUUCCCCAUGUCAUUUUCAUGUUACUGGUCUGAUAACAUGCUACAAACUCUGUCUGCAUCAAAUUAUUUUAACAUAUAUCCAUCUACCUUAAAACUACUUUCAUUCAUAGAGAAAAUUAAAGGAAUUUAGUUGUACUUUAAAAAUUAAAGGAAUCUUUUAAAACCCUGUUUUCAGUUUGUUGAUAAAUUCAUCACUUAGCCCAUAUAUCAUGAAACUCAUCAAAAUUGUAGUAGCUCUUCGUCCUCUGCUGUACACAUAUAUCCUGUUUUAUGUCCAUCAUUCAUGCUGUGUCUAAUAGGCACUAACCUUUACAGAGAACGAGCCAAAGCCUAGGAAUUUGAUAUAAAGUUGAAUAUGACAUGAAUUUUCUGCCCUUAAGUUGCUCAAAGUCUUUUGAGACAAACAAAUAUUAUUUAUAAUAAUAGGAUAAAUGCUAUGAAAGAGAUGUGUGUGAAGUGCUUUGGUAAAUGCCAUUAAAUUGGAAUUUAAUGAGAACAUAUAAACUUUUAGACCUUUUUAUAAUAGUUUUCUUUUGAAAUAAACGGAUUUCUUCUUAUAAUGACUUACCAAAGGAGAUUUUGUAGAACUCGGUUUUAAGGUGAAUUACAUAGUAUUUAUUUAAUGAAUUGUAAGACUUUCUCUCCCUUUAAAAUGAACACUGAACAAAUUUGUUCUUUAUGAUAUCUUGUUAAAAGGAAAACAUAACAAAAUAAAAUAUUAUAUCAAAGCCAAGAUUGGAGUUUAUUUGAUAUUGAUAUUUUUACUAAACAAACAACAAGCCCUACUGUCACAAAUUUUUUUAAAGAUAGUUUUAACUCAGAGUCUUAAAGUUAACAAUGCACUAUGGCAAAAAAAAACCCCACAAUGUACUAUGGCAACAGUUAGUUCUCUUACUUGUUCUUUACAAACAUUCUGUGUGGUAGGUGGUGUUAUCUCCAAUUUAUAGAUGAAGAAAUCUUUGUUAAUGUAAUUAUUCAGACAUUUAUAAUGUAUCUGGCCUCCAAAUCCUAUUCUCUGACCUCUACAUUAUAACCCUCUGUUAAAUACAUCAUUAAAAUAGGGCAGGCCAUGUGUCUUAAAAAACAAAAAAUAUUGUGUGUAUAAAUAUAGAUAGAUACAUAGAUAUACAGUAAAGACAGUCUAUGAAGUCAUUGUUGAUCUCUUCUAGGUAGACUUUAUAAUGUUGGGGUUUUUUUAAAUCUCACUUCUCAAUAUUAGAAUACGGGUAAAUUGUAAUUUUGGUAUAAUAGAGAAAAUGGUUCCUCUUUAUGUCAGAUUAUGGGAUUCUUUUGGUAUUUAGACAGCUGAAAACUAAAAAAUUAAGGAAUUUAUAAUAUAUUAAACAGUUGCAUAUUGUUUUCAAAAAAAAAUGUAUUCUGAGUAUGUUGAUACUAAAAGCUUUUCUAAGGAAAUUACUGUCAUGCCUAUUAUUUCUAAAAUAUGUACAUAAACAUUUCUGUGGAAAUCCUCCCCUUAAAUUGAACCCCUGAAAUACUUUAAAAGAAGUCCCUCUCCUUAAAUUGAAGCAAACUGUAAGCAAAAUAAAGAUAUGUAAAGCCUA